AUGUUUUUUGACCCAAGCAGAAAUCCCUCUGCAGCUUGUGGCACGCUUCGCCCCAACUGUCCACAGCCAAAGGCGCUGACAUGGCUGGACUGGAUUUUCGAAGACUGUGGAUGUGGAGAUGCUCUACCAGAUGCUGCGGGAAACUGUGGGUGCCUGAUGAGAAGGGCGAGCAGGCCAUCCGGUCAGUCUUGGAUCGUCGCACUGUGCCCGCUGACUUCCGCCUCUCUCGUUUUGUCUCUUCGGGGAGGGGCGGCUCAACUGCGCAGGCUGGCCGGGCUUCUAGAGCAGGAGCUCAGGGCCGAUGUCGAGGCCUAUCAAGCCAACAGCGCUGCCGCGCAAGUGGUGGGAAGCUCAGUGCCCUCUCUGGCCAUGAAGCUCACUGAUCUGCUGACCUCUUUUGGAACAGGCAGCCAGAACCGGCGGCUGACGUCUUUCCAAGGCCUUGGAAAUCCCUUCGCUCCUCAGGGCCCGCCGCAGGGCCCCGCCGGCGCUGCUGGAGGUGAUUCAGGCGACUGGUGGCAGGACGAGUCGGGCAAGUGGCACUUUGGAGGUGAGGCAGAGCACUGGUGGCGCGACGAGCACCACCAAUGGCACAAAGGCGGGGAAAGCCAAACGUGGCGGCAGGAUGAGGCCGGCAACUGGCACGAGGUCGACGAAGAUAAUCCCAGGGAGUCAGAGGACGAGUUAAUGAUGGGCGACAACCCUGACAUGGGUGAGCCGCAGCAGGACAUCAAAGAUUUGGACGCCCUGAACGAUGCGCUCAAAGAAGACAUGCCGCCGAUGUUUAGCUCGAAGAGGGGCGGUGUUUUUCCAUUUCCCGUGCUUUCGUAUGACUGCAAGAUUCAGAGAUCUCUGGCGCUGAUGAGAGGGCAGGCUGUGGCAGUGGCUGGUGCUGUGCUUCUCCUCGCGGUUCAGGCGGGACGCCAAGAUGCCACGGACAUCUUCCAUCCUGGCCAUGAAGCGGUGCACGUAACGCGACUCCAUCGCUACGAGCAUGAAGGCAUGACAUCGUUCCUGGAGGCUGAAGCUCGAUGGAAAGGAUCUCGUGAAGAGGUUGUCUCCCCGCUGCUCUCGCGAGCUAGAUCCAAACGGAGUGCGAAGCCGAAGGGCUUCCUCCGUGUCUCGCAGACCCAAGAAGCUGCGCUGAAAGCCCACCAGACCGCAUCCCUUCUUCAGGAGCUCGAAGACGCACGAGCAAACUCUUCCACGAUCGGCGGCUCUUUUAGGAACGAGGGCAAGGUGCUGAGGUACCACGGUCUGGAGAUCCCCAACGAGAACCACCCCGCAGAGACACGGUUAACGAGUCUGGAGAGCCAGUACAUCGGCCAAAUAGGCGUUGGCUCCGUGCUCGCACCGAAAGGAUGCACGCCUUCCAGUGAGUCUCUGAUCUAUCUUGGGCCUGCGGAUUAUGACAGCGCGACAGAGGAACAGAAGAACACGUGCCACGUCCGCGACCAGUCUCUGGUCUGGGUCGUCUUCGACACAGGCAGCACCAAUAUCUGGGUGUCGUCAGUCCUGUGCACCAAAGGGCCCUGCGCUAGCGCCGAUCGGAGCCGCUAUGAUCGGUCGCUGUCCAGGACGUAUGCUCCGGGCCCAGGUGGAACCUUACAGAUCGAGUUCGGAACGGGGCGGAUUACCGGCCCAGAGGCCGUCGACGACUUCCACAUCGGACCCUUCUCGGUUUUCAACCAGACCUUCGGGAUGAUCGAGUCCGAGGAGGGCCGGGUCUUCGAGGAGGUGCCCGUGGAGGGCAUCCUCGGAUUGGCCUUCCCAGCCAUGGCCGCACAUGGCAUUCGGCCUUUCGUGGAUGGCAUCAUCGAGAACAAGGCAAUAGGUCGCAACGAGUUUGCGUUUUACUUCAGUCCUGAUGAUCCAGCGGGCAAUGCGGUUUUCUGGGGCGGAGUGGACAAAUCCUUCUACCAUGGUGAAAUCGAGUACUUUCCCGUUGUUCAGCCGUACUAUUGGGCCAUUGAGCUGGUCGACUUCAAAAUCGGCGAGGACUCGCUUCUGCAUCUACUGCUGCCCGAGGCGGAGGAGACCCCGGACCUGGAGCACGAGGGUGCUUCAGGUCACAAAAAGCACCGUCAUCACGGUGCUGGGGAGCCCGUGUUCAAGGCAAUCGUGGACACCGGCACCACCUUCUUCACGGCUCAGGGCCGGCUCUUCAAAGAGACGAUGAAGCGCCUCGCAGCGGGGCCCUGCCACAGCCUGACCAAGCAGAGCCACCCGGACAUCACCUGCUGGCCAAGUUCGUGA